AUGAAUAAUGGUUCGUGGCCAUGCAGCCGUGAGCGACUGGUUUAUUCAAGCCAAAGCUUCCAUUCACGGAUAGUAGCAAAAGGAAUGCAGCUUCUUUACAGGGGUGCUGACCCUAUUGUACUACAACACCCUUGUGGAAAUAAUUUUGUUGGUGGCAUUUCUCCAGCCAUUUACCUUGGGGAAAAGGUUUUUCUAAGUUUUGAUGGGUUUGAGAGUAGCCUUCUACCCUUUACCAUUCCAACAACUCUUGCAACAGCUCCUGCUUUGGUCAGCUCUGCUAUCUUUGUGCAGGCAACUCGGAUUGUAUUAGCAAUAAAUGGGAAAGUCUUUAUUUAUUUUUAUGAGCCAUUUGACUCAUGGAAACAAUCAGAAGGAAUCAAUAGCCCAGUUACUGAGAUCACGAACUCUGGAUGCUGCUAUGCUCCAAGUGACCCUAACUGCAACCACAUAGGUAGUUUUGUUUUGGCAUAUGAUAAAGGCAACUUGAUCUCUGACAGCCACAUUUUCUUCUCAGAAGAUGGAGGCUACAAAUUUCAUGCUUUACCCAUGAUCCCGUUCCUGAGUGGCACACUGGUUAGUAUCUACAAUUUCAUUUCCAUAACAAAGCUUGGAUUCCUCAUCAGCAACACUGAAGCUAACAUGACAACUGCUAACUUCCUAUACUAUUCCAUAGAGAAUUUAUACAGUUAUUAUGGAACACAAUUUGACUCAAAUGAAGUGGGAGAACUUAUGAUUACAGUUCCCCCUGGUCUGAGAGGUUUUGUCAUUCUUUGGACCAAGAAUAUGUUUUUAUUAUCCUCUAAUAAUGGAGUGACUACAGAAAAUGUUGCUGUUUUCCCCACAGAAGACUAUCCAAACACAUCACUUCCUUUGCAUAACCAAGGUGUUUGUAAUGUGGCUACCACCAGCAGUGAGGUUGCAGCCCUCACGAAGAAUCAGAAGCUCUUCUAUGGAAGCCUGGAUAUAGUCUUUUCAAAGAUGGUGCUCAUUGGAGACAGAAACAGUAGUAAGAUUUCCACACAUUGUGAUGUGCUUAUGUUUGAUAAAACUGGACUGCUUACCAUCUUAAACCCUGUCCCCAGUAAUGAAUCCGGGUUUUAUAAUUUUCACAAAUGCAUCAUCAACUUACAGGACAGGCUCAUGAAUGUGCGGCCACACCUGCCGCCCUGUCCUGUAGAGAUCCUCAGUAGUGAUUUCCAUAAUAAGAUGUAUUAUAUAGACAUGAAACAGCAGCUUCAUUUUAAUGUCACUUUUGUGCCCAAGCCAGGCUCUGCGGCUUUCCCAUAUGUGACUCUGAGCAAUCCUCAAAUAUUGGGAUUUCAGGCUCGGAUUAUGCAGGAUGGCUAUACCUAUGAUGGGAACAUUAAAUUUAGCUUACAGAUUAUAUUGCUACAACAAUAUGUUUCAGACAUGGCUGAAGCUGAGCUUUAUGAGAAAGGAAUCUCAGCAGGGAUCUCUACCCUUACUGUGGAUAUCUAUAACAAAGGUAUAUUCUGCAUUGACAUGCAUCCAUUGACAGCUCUUAUUGCAAUGCAGUGUCCACCUACUAAACAUAUAAGACCUUUCAAAAAUACAACAGCGUGCAACAAAGGACUCUUUAACAGAACAAAUCUGCAGGAUAGUUUCAGUUACAUAAUUAAGCAGGAUGUAUAUGAUCCAGAAUUCCUUGGAAGACAACAUCUAGAUCAGAAGGACCGUAAUGUUACUUAUCCUUAUGAACUUCUUGGAUGUCCAAUCCUCUUGUAUUAUGAUAACCCAUGGCUUCCAACUCUCGAACUAUGGGAAAAUGAUAAAUUUGUGGAAUACGUUUCUGCUGAUUUUGUAUUGUUUGAAACAAAUGGAAUGCAUAAUUACGAUUAUCUCCUGACUGCAUCGGAAGCGAAAUGUAUCUCACAGCCUCAAAACUGGAGCACUAUGUUUGAAUGGCAACUUCAGCCAGACCCACAUACUGCAUGGUCCAGAAAAAACUAUAAGAGUUGCAAGGUUCCCAGUCAAGUACGACCUUUAGAAUCACCAUCUAUAAAGUAUCAAAUUCUAAACCUCAAUGAAGAGAAUAGGGUAGUAUUUUCACAGUACAAUGGCAUAUAUGUCUUCAAAGUUAUUGUUGUAGAUACAAUAUAUAGUUACUGUGAACUAUCAACUCUUCUCAGUGUCUAUGUGCAUGGUGCCCUCCCAAAAUCUCAGAUAAAUGUUGCAGGUAUGCUGAUUGGUAUUCUGAUUCUCAUAUUCGGUUCAAUUUUGAUGGGAUAUUUCUUUCCUAAAUUACUACAUUUGAGUGAAAAUGCAAAGAUGAAAUCCCUUUAG